AUCCCCUAGCUCAGGCCGUCCUGCCCUGUCCCACCUGCUCCCACCCGCUGUGAGAUGAGCGACACUCAAGACUUGGCCACUUUGCCCGAGGUUGCCACCCAGGUGAAGCUGGGGCGCUGGAGCCAUCCAGGUGGGGGGAGUGGGUCUGUCCAUCAGCGCCCGCACCAGGAGCUCCAGGCCUUUCUCAACCUGCUGGAGCACAGCUUCCUCCAGGAAUUCCUUUCCAAAGAUCCCUGUUUCCAGAUUUCAGAUAAGUAUCUUCUGGCCAUGGUGCUGGUCUACUUCCGGCGCGCCAACCUGAAGCUCCACGAGUACACCCACAGCAACCUGUUCCUGGCUCUGUUUCUCGCCAAUGACAUGGAGGAGGAUGUGGAGGACCCCAAAUGCGUGAUUUUUCUGUGGGCCCUGGGAAAAGACUGGCAUCUCCGGGUGGCGGAUUUCCUGCAUCAAAGGGAUAAGCUGUGGGCCCGGAUGGGCUUCCGGGCCAUGGUGAGCCGCGAGUGCUGUGAGGAGGUCAUGGCCAAGGAGCCGUCCCACUGGGCCUGGACUCGAGAGCGGCACCCCCAGCAUGGUGGGGCUCAGAGGGGUCCAAAGGCCCAGGUCCUCCUUCCUGGGCCCCCCAGCCCCUCGCCACCUCCCUGUUCCCUCCACGGCCAGCCCCCUUCCCACAGCCAGUGCUGCCACCAGCCCCCCCCGGUGCCUGUCUUAUCCAAGUGCCCUUCCCCAAACCCUGAGUGGCAUUGCGCUCCCCUCCAAGCUUGCCUCUCAGUGGCCGAAGACCCCUUGGCGGGCGGCUUCCUCAUCAUCCCGCCCCCCCAACUGCAGCUGGAGCCGGGCACCUACACUCUCCACAUCCUCCCGAAGCCUCCACCGUGCCCUGGGUGCUGACACUCGCUGGGUGAAGAGUAGCCCACCUGCUCGCCCGCUGACCCAAGGCCCACUAGCUGUGGGCCCCCCACCCCAGCCUUCUGUCCUAUUGACGUCAGGCUGGCUGAACUGCCCAGGCCCCCUGUCACCUCCUCCCAGAUGUACCCACUCUGACCCUGGCCCCUCUAAUAAACUCGUGUCCAUAGGACACCGA